AUGAAGCACCUGACGAUGGUUGCCAUUUUGGCGAUGGUGGUAGUGCUGGCCAGCGCCCAGAACUCGUGUUUUUCCCAUGUUCUGUGCUACUAUGAUGCGGCCAACUUCCUGAUCGAAGGAUUGGGAAAAGUAUCCCUUGCGGACAUUGAUGUGGCCCUCCCCUUCUGCACACAUCUCGUCUACGGUUAUGCCGGAAUUGAUGUUGAGACGCACAAAGCGGUUAGCCGUCAACCGAACCUGGAUUUGGACACUGGCAAGGGCAACUACCGUACGGUGACGCAGCUCAAGAGCAAAUAUCCCUCGCUGAAGGUGCUGCUCGGUCUCGGUGGCUACAAGUUUUCCGAACCUUCGAUAAAGUACCUGUCGCUGCUCGAGUCUGGAGCGGCUCGUAUCACCUUCAUCAACUCGGUGUACUCGCUGCUGAAGACGUACGGAUUCGAUGGCGUCGAUCUGGAAUGGCAGUUCCCGAUGAACAAGCCGAAGAAGGUACGCUCCACGCUCGGCGGUGUGUGGCACGGAUUCAAGAAAGUGUUCAGCGGUGAUAGCGUGCUGGACGAGAAGGCCGACGAACAUCGGGAGGAAUUUACGGCUCUGCUUCGUGAGCUGAAGAAUGCGUUCCGAUCGGAUGGCUAUCUGCUGGGUGUUACGGUGUUGCCGCACGUCAACUCGUCGAUCUUCAUGGACAUUCCGGCUAUUAUCAACUAUCUGGACUUUGUGAACAUUGCCGCGUAUGAUCAGCAGACACCGACGCGUAACAGCAAGGAGGCGGACCAUGUGGCACCACUGUACGAGCUGACCGAUCGUGUUCCCGGCAACAAUGUGGACGGCCAGGUCCGUCAAUGGCUGUCACAAAAUGCACCAGCGUCGAAGUUGAUCGUUUCCAUUCCCACGUUCGGCCGUGGCUGGAAGAUGACCGGAGAUUCGGGAAUUACUGGCGUUCCACCGCUUCCCGCCGACGGUCCAUCGAAUCCUGGCCAUCAGACCCAAACCGAGGGCUUCUACAGCUGGGCUGAAGUGUGUGCCAUGCUGCCGAACCCGAGUAACACCGCACUGAAGGGUGCCGAGGGUCCGUUGCGCAAGGUUGGUGAUCCUACCAAGCGGUUCGGAUCGUACGCGUUCCGUCUGCCGGACAGCAAUGGUGAGCACGGGGUGUGGGUGUCCUAUGAGGAUCCCGACACGGCGGGCAACAAGGCAGGAUACGUGAAGGCCAAGAAUCUGGGUGGCAUUGCCAUCAACGAUCUGGCGUACGAUGACUUCCGCGGUAGCUGCGCUGGGGAAAAGUUCCCGAUCCUGCGUGCGGCCAAAUAUCGGCUGUAA